AUUGUAGUUUGCAAUAUUUUGGUAAAAGAAGAGACGGUUUUUAUUGCUUUUUUUUAUAAUAUUAGUGACAUUCGUAUUUGACAAAAGUAAUAAGAAUAAAAUUACCACCAGUCCUACGCCGCGACCUCGAUUUAUGAAUCCUGCGCCAACGAGCUGAAAUAAUAACUUUUAUUGUUUUUGGUGUUGGUGUGGUAGAUUCAUUGAAAUGGCAUCAACUAGCACUGCAACAGCGCCGUCCCAGGAUGCGUGCUAUAUUUCCUUGCUUGGCUUGGCCGAGUACUUCCGCACAUCCAAGCCGCCGAACAUUAAGAAAUGUAUACAGUGCUUACAAGCGUUGUUCACUUUUCAGCCACCAACCAAGGUGGAGGCACGCACACAUCUACAAAUGGGCCAAAUAUUGAUGGCAUAUACAUUAAACACCGACUUGGCUCGCAAUCAUUUAGAAACUGCUUGGAAACUUUCCGAAACAUUGGUACAUUUUGAUGAUGUGAAGUUUGACACCGCCUCGUUGUUGGCGCAGCUACACGUGCAGUUGGAACAAAAUUCACAGGCAAAGGCAAUGCUGCGUCGCGCAGUCGAAUUAUCGCAACACAAUGUGUUUUGGCAUUGCAAACUACUGUUACAACUUGCGCAAAUACAUGCUUCGGAUCGGGAGUAUUCGUUGGCCUCAGAAUUGCUAGCCGUGGGUGUUGAGUCUGCAGAGGAGACGGGAGCUACUUAUCUCAAAGUGUUGUUUUUGUUGUCACGCGCAAUGAUCCUAAUGAUUGAACGCAAAACAAACGAUGUGUUAGCAUUGUUAAACACGGCAGGAGCCAUCAUAGACAACAACAUAACUAAUUGCCAUCAAAAGGAAUACCUCAAAGUUUUUUUCCUUGUACUUCAGGUAUGCUAUUACCUUGCCCUGGGUCAAGUGAAGACCGUAAAACCGAGUUUAAAACAGCUACAAACUUCCAUACAAACCAUAAUGGCGCCCAACUGGCCGUCGGAUGAAGCGAUAUUUGGACAAAGCGCAUUGGAAAUGUUUGUGUGGUUACCUAAAGAACAGCUUUAUGUUUUGGUAUAUCUAGUGACCGUAUCACACUCAAUGAUGGCCGGAUAUAUGGACAAAGCACAAAAGUACACCGAAAAAGCGCUCACACAAAUUGAAAAAUUAAAAGCGCAAGACGACAAACCUAUAUUGUCGGUUUUUAAAGUGAUAUUAUUAGAGCACAUCGUCAUGUGCCGUAUGGUGAUGGGGAAUCGUAUACUGGCUAUCACCGAAAUCGCUGCUGCACGGGAUGUUUGCCUCGCAACGCCCAAUCGUGGUCUGCUCCGGCGACAUUCUGCACAAUUACAUUGCUUGCUUGGCUUGUACUCAAUGUCAACUAGUUUUUAUGAGCACGCAGAACGGCAAUUCAUUGCCUGUGUCAUGGAAACAUCGGAACGCGACUUGAAAUUGUUUGCCAAUUUAAAUUUGGCAAUUAUAUUUCUACGCACAAAGCGGGAACAGGAUCUAAAACAAAUAUUGGACACCGUGUCGACGGAAAAUACGCACACACAUAGCAGUCAAGCGCUAAUGGGAGGUUUCUAUUACGUGCAGGGACUUCAUGCGUUCCAUAAAAGCAGCUUUCACGAAGCCAAACGAUUUCUGCGCGAAACAUUAAAAAUGGCAAAUGCUGAGGAUCUAAAUCGUCUAACCUCUUGCUCAUUAGUGUUACUGUCACAUGUCUUCCUUAGCAUUGGUAAUUCAAAGGAGAGCAUGAAUAUGGUAACACCGGCCAUGCAGUUGGCUUCCAAAAUACCCGAUAUUCAUGUACAAUUGUGGGGUUCGGCUAUACUCAAAGAUCUUCAUCGCAUGUCUAAGGAUGUGCUGCACGAAAAGGAGGCCUUUGCCAAUCAUGUGAAAUACUCUGAAAACUUGAUAGCCGAUCAGCGAAAAUGCGUCCAGAGUGUGCACCAUUCGUUAAUAAAUUGGUUCAGCUCUGAGCCACCCACAACCAGUGCGACCAGCUCCGACGAUGCUGGCGGUGGUGGACAAAUGCCGCUAAUGAGACAUAUUACGUAAAAUUUACAUCACAUUCAAUUAGCUACAUGAGCACCCAUACACAAAAAACACGAUAGAUUGAUGUGGCUAGCAAAUGAAUUCCAUUCACCUGCAAUACUAAUAAAGCUGUAAUAAUUGAUACAAGAUUAAAAGCAGUUACAACAAGCGUUAUGUACACUUUCAAAUUAAAUUCUUAAUUACAUAUACAUUAUUUUAUUUUGUUUACGUAAAGUAAAUGUAUUAAAUUUUAAUAAGUUUUGACCUAUUCAUCCUG